ACCCCAGCCUGCCUUACCCGGAAGUAAAGUGCUCCACAACAAAUUUACUCUGCUGCUUGUGGAGAGGAAUAAUUUUUAAUUAGAGCGGUAAUCACUGAAAAAAGAAAUUAUUCCACUUCAGUUAUAAUACCAAUUAAACAUUAAAGACGCAGUGGGAAGGGCGGACUUUGAAAGGUUUUGAGUCAUUUCAGUACGCGUGAAGCAUCUUUACUACAAACGAUCUUUAAGUGACGCAACAGUUUAGCGCGAAACUCAGUUCCGAAAGAAAGCUAAAGUGACUGAGAACGAGUUGAAAAUGAGUAAAAAAGACAACAGUGCCAAUGUUAUCCUCGCUUACCUGAAUGCCCAGAACCGUCCUUACAACGCUCAGGAUAUCUUCUGCAACCUACAAAACCAGCACGGAUUGGGCAAAACGGCUGUGGUCAAAUCCUUGGGGCUGCUUGCUGUGGAGGGCAAAAUUAUAGAGAAGACCUAUGGCAAACAGAAGAUUUAUUUUGCUAAUCAGGCUCAGUUUAGCGAAGUGAACGACACAGACAUAAAGGCCUUGGAUGGUCGCAUCUCAACUCUCAAUGAGGAGAUGCAGACCCUUGGCCAAAGCUGCAGACAGCUGGAUUCAGAGCUGAAGAAACUCACUAGUAGCCUGACAACUCAGGAAAUGAUGUCCGAAAUCAUCAAGCUGAAAGACGAGUGUUCGGGUUAUCGAGAGCGUCUGGACAAGAUCAAGUCAGCGACCAAUCACGUCUCACCAGAGGAGAAAGACAAGAUUCUGAAAGAGCACAACAUAUACGUCAAAGAGUGGCAAAAGAGGAAGAGACUGGCUUCAGACAUGAUAGACACAAUCCUGGAAGGAUAUCCCAAAAGCAAGAAAGAGUUCCUGGAGGAAGUUGGUGUUGAGACAGACGAAGAACACAAGGUGGUCGUGCCGACCCUUUAAGAUCAAUUUUCUGUAUGUAAAAGAAGUUUGAAAUAUUGUUCUAUUUCAGUUAACUGCUGCCAUUGACGGUGAUAGACGUUCAAUCCCUUUGAAGUGGGAGGGUUGCAGCGAAGCCAACCCUCCCCCUCCCAAAAUGAUUAGACAUCUACUACAAGUAAACUCAUUGGAACUUACAGCAGAGGGAUGAUUGGACGUCUAUCAUUGUCAAUGGCACUGUAAAAGUAAAAGUAUUUAUACCUUCGUUUGGCACUGCUGAUAAGCUUGUUAAAUGUUCAGAAUGCCUUAUUUAAUAGAAUAUAUAGACAAAAUAAAGUCUAAUU